AGAUUUGUCAUGUUUCACAUAGUGAAGCAUCCUUUUUUAUUUAUGGUGCUCGUAACUAUGUCACUAAGAUUUUCGGUUAUUGUGUAUUGUGCGCAACUAUUAGAGAUACAUAACAUUAUUGCUGUUCAAGAUGAGUUUGGCAACAAUGUUUCAAAGUCUGGAGUGAGCGGUUGUAGCCAAAUACUAGUUGAGUGGUUGGAAAACGAUACAGUUACUGGAAGACUCGAAAACAUAGGAUUGAAGUUGGGCUGGCUAGUGCCGCUGGAGAGAAGUAUCUGCGACGUAGCGUUGUCUAGCUUUCUCAUCUCAGUUAUAGCUGAGAAGUUGUACACUGAAAACGUGAUCCUAAUGAGAGAAACUCCAGUCUAUGUUAAGCAAGGCACUCUAUAUCGAGUUGCAAGGAAAAAUCGUAUGAUUACUUCUUUGCGAAAAUUGUUGGGUAGAAGGCUGCUUAUAGAUGGCGAGAGAAACAAGACUGUUGCCAUUCCUUUUCUAUUAAGAUCAUAUGAAGCUGUUGAAUGCUUACAGUUCUUGGAGAAGCCUUCCCAACAACCUUCCACUUGGUUCAAAAAUAAGUCGUCAUAUGCCAUCGCACAGAAAGAAAACUGGGUACAUUUAGUGUUACUCGACUUCUUGUUUGGUAUACAAAGAAGGGAACGUGAAUACUGCUUUCGACUUGGUGACUUUCAACGUCCUAUUUUUAUUGUUCCACUACGGAAGACGGGAAUAUUUGGUUGUUCAGACAUUUUAAUAGACAUACUUGGUGAAAAUUUCUUUAGUAGCAGCAAAAUAUUUCUUCUUCUUUUCAAGUCUGUUUCUCAAUACGUGAAAAGAGACUGUUCUGAAGUGAUGUCCGAAAUCAAUAAUAGAUCAAGUAACUUGGCUUCAAUGAUAGAUGUUGACCAGGAGACUACUGUCAUCGAAAUACUUAAGAGAAACUUUGCUGUUCUUGCUCACUUGAUAGACUCAUCCAAAACACUUGAAACCAACUCUAAAGAACAAUUCGCAUAAUUAUUUCCAGAAUCUGAUUCAAUCUGUUGGAAAAUCUUAGACAAGUGGAUGAAAACCAUGGGUAGUCUCCUUGAAUGUGCUUCAUAAAGUUUCUUAACAGACU